AAAUAAUUGUGUUAUUUAAUAUUUACCAUUCUUAUAAAUUGUUUUUUUUAAUAAUAAUUUAUUGUAUCGCAACAAAAUUUGUACUCAGUGAUAGUAAAUUAGACAAUUUCAGUGAAAAUAAUAAUAAUAAUAAGUGAUUUAAAUUAUUUACAGUAUUAAAACAAGACAAAAAAGUGUGUGUAAAUAUAAAGUGAGGUUAUGUGCUAAUUUUAUUUGUUUUUAUCGUUUUUAUUAAAUAUUUCAAGAGACGUUUUUCUGUAAAUAGACUGAAGAUUCUGCAUCAUGGCUGAUUAUUGGAAGUCGCAGACACGAAAAUUUUGUGACUAUUGUAAAUGUUGGCUAGCUGAUAAUAAGCCGAGUAUUGAAUUUCAUGAGAAUGGCAAAAAACACAAGGAAAAUGUGGAGAAAAAACUCAAGGAAAUUCGUAAGAAAAGCAUUAAGGAAGCCAAGCAACAACAAAAGUUUGAUAAUGACAUCAAAAAAAUGGAAAACGCUGCUAUGGCUGCUUAUCUUAAAGACGUCGAAAACAAUACCAAGGACUUGACAGCAGAAAAUAUAAUUCGUCAAAAAAUGUUAAAUGUCGAAACAAAAAAAGAACAACCAAAUCCAAACCAAAUGCCUUCUGCGUCCGCAGAAACAAAUCCAAGGUUUCAUAAUGUUCAAAAUUUUUCGCAUAAUAUAGAUCCUAUGCUCUUGACAAAAAGACCAAAACCACCAUUGAAUCCAAAAGGUAAUUCAUCAAAAGGUGGGAAUCAAUUUAAACAAAAUAAAAAACAAAAAGGUAAAGUUACUCAAGAUGAAAGUAAAAAAAUUCCAAAAUUAUGGUAUGAAGCAAAAAGUCCCGAGGGAUAUUCAUACUACUGGCACAUUGAAACAAAUGAAACUAUAUGGGAGAUUCCCGAAGAAGGUUUUAUGACAAUAGCCGAACAAGAGGAAGAGUUAAAAGAGCAACAAAUUCAAGAGGAACUUUUAAAUCAACUCGACGAUGAGGAAGCGUCGGAAAUGGCGAUUGUAUUAGAAGAGAAGAGAGCGAAUGCCGAAAGGGAAAAAUUGAAGGAGAUUCGAAAAAUUCGACAAGAGGAAGAACAAGAUGAAGAACAAGAAGAAAUUCCCUAUAGAAGAGAUUAUAGUGUUCCUGAAAAACCACAACCCUAUGGUUCUUGGAAAACUGUAAAAAUUGUUGAAACAAAACCAGUUGAUCUUCAAUUACCAAGGAAAAAAGAAGCGCCAGCUGCUCCAAUUAUACAAAAUGAAUUACCACCGCCUUCACAACGAAUUUUCAAGGAAAAAACAAUUGAUAGAAUAAUAACCGGAAGUGACGAUGAAGAUCAUGCACCUUCGACAUUUAAGAAGCGAAAAUUUGGACAAAAAAAUGUACGAAAAAGAUGUGAUGAUUGAUUGCAAUAUGAAAUUUUUUUUUUUAAAGCCUCUCGAAAUAAUAGGUAAAUCUCUAUUAUAAAAUAAUAAUAAUUACAUAUUUAAAUAGCGAAUUAGAAAAAAAACAUUAAUUCAUGAUUUUUGUGAAAAAUUAAUAUUUUUCUUUUUGAAAAUAAUUUUUUUUGUACAUUUA